AUGGUUCCAGCAACGGGUCAAGAACGCGCUGUACAUUUGGCUCGAGAAGCUGUUGAAUUGGUCGACGCUGGUCAUCGUGAGGCCGCGUCCCGAAACCUCCGAGAAGCUCUUUCCCUGGCUCCAGAAAACCCGGAUGUCAAGACCGUUUUCCUCAAGAUCCAACAGGAGGAGCAAAAUGGUCACCACUUGCUAGACUUAUGUCGGCGAUACGCCUCUCAGAAGGAUGAGAGCGCCGGAAAAGAUGCGGCUCUCUACUUGCGCACAGAUGGACUCAAACCACCAGAGGAGGUCGCUUCUGAGUGCCUGAAGCUCCUGUUGGCAGAAGCGCCACAUGCGCUAUCCUCGAUUCAGGAUGAUAUUAUAUCGGGAUUGGUGCGCCAGAAUGUCAGUGUGCGUCAGUACUUCUCGACUCAGUUGCAAAUAUCAGUGACCACGUUCUUUGACGAAAUCUAUGAGCGUGGUGAUGGUGCGGCAGUGUGUAUGGACACUGUCGUCUUGGACCGCGCCGUGUGGCCGUCCGAGGAUGUCCGCUACCACUGUGAAUGUGAGCUCUUCCAGCUCUUUAUCGCCAAGCUGAUGGAGUCGGGCCAUGACAUGGAUGGUCGCUCUCUCAAGGGCAUUGCGCGACUCCUUGCGGUCGAUGCUGCUUCACUGCAACACCUGAUCGAUGACGAGGGACUCGAGGUGAUUGUCUCAUCUCUGGACCACCGGCUUCCCUUGGAGCUCCGAAGUCAAGCCACUAUGGCAAUGGUUAAAUACCUCGAAGUUUCCAAGGAGGUCGGGGAGAAGCGGUAUACCAAGCUGGUGUCGGCCAAGUUACAAAUGGCUCGCUAUGACGACGUCGUCGUCGCAUUUUCCGCCGUUGCUGCCGUCUUCCCGGUGGUCCCUACUGUCGCAGCUAGCCUUUUCCUGUCGGAGGAAUUCAUGGCUUCCCUGACGCCCUUGGUUUCGCGAACAGCCAAGAGCCGACAGGUCGAGGUUGCGGUGCUGGAGCUGUUGAAUGCUGCGUCCAUCAACCGUGCUUGCCGUGAAGCAAUCUCAAAGAAGUUCUCUGACUGGUUGUCGCACACUCUUACAAAUGGUAGCGACGAGGGAUCUGAGUUAGCUGCGGUGGUUUUGGCCAAACUCCGGGCAUCCGAGAAGAAUGUACCCUCGGAACCAAACGGUAAGGUUCUGGAGGAGGAUAGCGUUCCCGAGCUGGUUCAUAGAUUCAAAGGACUGAUGUCGAAACGAAAGGCCGAAAACAUUUCAAAUGCUGUUGAGGGUCUGGCUUAUUCAUCUGUGAGACCAGCAGUCAAGGAGCAACUUGCCAAGGAUGCUUCCUUUCUGCGAGAGUUCAUCCAGACUUUGAAAGCGAAUGUUUCGGACUCAUCGGUCCUAUAUGGCGGGUUGAUGACUAUUCUAAAUCUCACGGAAUUUCUUCCUAAUAUGACCGAGGAAGAGAAGAAGAUAUCGCAACUCAAGUCAUAUGCCAACGCCUCUCCCGAGGAAGCACGAGCGGCACUGGAUCCGCUUCAAGAUGACGACCAUGUGAUCGCUCGCUGCAAAGCUGUUGUGGACGCUGGUGUCAUGCCUCUUCUUAUGGAGUGUGGCAAAGUCGGUUUGCCGUCUACCCAGGGUCUCCUCAGUAAAAUCAUGUUGGCCCUGUCCCGAGACCGACGAUCCAGGGGCACCCUUGCCCAACAAGGCGCAGUGAAGCUGUUGCUCAGCAUCGGAGCCCCCAGCCAACCCACCACUGAUUCCACUCCUAACGAGACAACGCAUCAUGCGGCACACGCUCUGGCACGCAUCCUAAUCUCCGUCAACCCCGCCCAUGUUUUUCCAUCCUCUGGAUUCCCCCAAGUCACAACCGCCAUUCGACCAUUGGUGUCCCUUCUGUCAUCGCCCGAGAGCGCGGUUCUAUCCGUGGAUCAGCCACGGGAUCUGCUACCCGUCUUUGAGAGUCUCCUCGCACUGACAAACCUUGCCUCAUACCCGGACGAGACUGCCGCCGAAGCUAUUGUGCGACAAGCCUGGUCGGCCGUGGAAGAUCUGUUGCUUUCUAGCCACGGAACCAUUCAGCGGGCGGCUUGUGAGCUGGUCUGCAAUCUAAUGACCUGCGAGUCUGGAGUGGUCAAGUUUGCAGAUGGCACCAAGCGAGCUGCACAGCGUCUCCACAUCCUGCUGGCACUCACCGAUGCAGAUGAUAUGGCGACCCGACAAGCAUCCGGCGGAGCGUUGGCCAUGCUGACCGAGUUUGAUGCCGUCAUUGCCGCCGUGUUGGACCGACCACGCGGGGUACAAUUGCUGCUGGGACUAUGCCAGGAGAACGAUGACGGACUGGUGCAUCGAGGAGUGGCCUGCGUGCGGAACCUGACCUGUAUUGCAACCGGCGAAAUCGGCGUCCGUGCGAGAGAAACCGUGAAGAGAAGCGGGGGAAUCGAGACGUUGACAAACGCGAUCAAGAAGACAUCCAACCCCGCGGUGCUCCAGGCAGGAGUCGAAGCUUUGAAGCCUUUGAUUGAUCCAUCUGCGGGCAAAUAA